UGAUGAAAUGGAUUCUUCCAAACAAUAUCCAGUGAAAAAACGAGUGAAAAUUCAUCCCAACACUGUGACCGUGAAAUAUAGUUCUCAUUAUCCACAGCCUGGAGAAGAGGAGUAUGAGGAACCUAAUGAAGAUAAUGAGAGUUUUAUAGAAGAUAAUCCAAAAAGAAGAUUGUUAGGUGAUGGACAACGAACAGGAAGGUCCUUUUUUGGAACAAUUGACAUUCCAUUUCAAACAGGACAGAAGUUAGAAGUCAACAAGAAUGGACAAGGUCAAGAUUUUGUAGAUGGAAGCAUUUUUCAGUCCAGAAAAACUUGGGCUGUGCUUUUUGGAUCUGCCUUGGCCCAUGGUUGUGUAGCUCUAAUAACCAGACUUGCUGCUGAUCGUUCCAAAGUGCCAUCUCUUGAAUUGAUUUUCAUUCGUUCUGUUUUACAAGUGUUUUCUGUUUUAGUUGUAUGCUAUUAUCGUGAAGACCCUUUUGGACCAAAAGGCCAUAGAUUGCGACUAUUCUUCUAUGGAGUAUGCAAUGUUAUUUCCAUUACCUGUGCUUAUACUUCCUUUGCGAUUGUUCCCCCAAGCAAUGGGACUAUUAUGUGGAGAGCUACCACCACUGUUUUCAGUGCCAUUUUAGCAUUUUUACUAGUGGAUGAGCGCAUGGCUUAUAUUGAUGUAAUUACUGUAGUGAGUAGUAUCUUUGGUGUUUGUUUGGUCAUGAUCCCCAACAUUGUUGAUGAAGAAAAUUCUCUGUUAAAUAUCUGGAAGGAAGUCUUUGGGUAUACAAUGACAGUUAUGGCAGGCUUAACCACAGCUCUCUCCAUGAUAGUAUAUAGGUCCCUUAAGGGUAAUGUCAGCAUGUGGACAGCAUUAUUUACUUUUGGUUGGACUGGAACAGUAUGGGGAGCCUCAACUAUGUUUUUCCUUCAAGAGCCAAUAAUUCCAUUGAAUGGAGAAAGCUGGAGCUAUCUCAUUGGCAUCUGCAUAUGUUCCACAGUGGCUUUUCUCGGUGUAUAUUAUGCCUUGAGCAAAUUUCAUCCAGCAUUGGUUAGCACAGUACAACAUUUAGAGAUUGUAAUAGCCAUGAUUCUUCAGCUUCUUGUACUACACAUCUUCCCUAGCAUUUUUGAUAUGGUUGGAGGAGCUGUUAUCAUUGUUAGCAUACUUUUCCUUGCAUGUUAUAAACUAUCUUGGAAGCACUUUAAAAAACAAGAUUACCAGGAAAUACUAGAUUCUUCCAUUAAAUGAAUACAAAAUUAUUGUAUUUUUAUGUAGUGCAGUGUGCAAUUAAUAUGACUCUGUAUGUGUGUGUGUGUGUAGUGUUAUUAACAGCACACCACUGUUUCUUGUUCAGGUAUAUGACAUCAAAUCAGCCCUAAUACAGUUCAGUAGAGUUGUACAAAAAUGUCUUUUCCAGAUAUGUGAAAAAUGUUUAAAAAUGUGAAAACUAUAAAAAGUAUAUUCUUAGGUAGUAUACAGAAAGUGCCAAUGAUUAGUAUAGACAGUUAUUGCCAAGAAUGGCUGUGUCCAUGUAAUCAUCAAGAGUUAAGCUCAAUUCAAGAGAGCUUUAUCUUUUUAUCCAUGGAACCUAGAAAACAUAAACUUAUUCUUUGUUGAAAAAUAACACAGUGAUUUUGGUGUGGAAUAGAUUUUGUAGGAUUUAAGGCAAGGUAGUUUAUGGAAGUAAACCAUAAUAUUCUUACUCCCUUACUGGUUACAGAAACAACUGUAUAGAAUUUGUCCUUGAUAUUUGUUAUGUGGUUCAUUCUUAAAUAUAACAUCUGAACUGUGUACCUGCAGUUCUUCCUUUAAAUAAAAUGUAGUGAUAGCAAUUUGAUAUUUGAACUGAUAAACUCAAGUUACCAUUUUAGGGCUCAAGACCAGAUACGUUAUAACUGCAGAGGGAAAAAAAAUGAACAUGAAGUCUGAAGAAGAUUGAUAUUGUUAAUGAAAACCUUGUAUACUAUUUCUUUGUA